AUGUCGACAGUGAAAAGAACGAUAGAUUCCUUCUUCAAACCACCGGCAAAGAAACCCAGAGUAUCAGAAUUGGCAACAACAGAAGAAGCGAAAGGAGAAGCAUUGGAACGCGAAUUCACGCGUCAUUCAACUUAUCCAUUUCCAAUACCAUGUCUUCCUUCCUCCAUAUCUUCAGAGCUGUCUUCGUUUCCAUCUACGAUCGGCAAAGAGAUAAAUAAUCAAGCCGAUCUCGAUCUUCUUUACUUCGAGCCUUACAUUCCCAAGUAUCUUGAACGUCAUAUGUUCCAGUUUCUUCGUUCGGAAUUGCCCUUUUAUCGUGUGGAGUAUGAUAUCAAGCGAGGAGGUAUAUCGACGCAUAUCAAAACUCCAAGGAGGUGGACCACGGUAUUCGGCCUCGAUGAAACAUCUAAGUUCAAUGAUAAUGGAGAACUCGUUGAUGCCAAUAGUGGUAAGAGAAUCGAGAAAGAGCGAUGUUACACCAAAUAUCCACCUCGGCCAAUACCCAAAUGUUUAGACGAUUUACGACUUUCCACUGAAAUGGCGACGGGUUGCAAGUUCAAUUUCUGUCUCGUCAACUAUUAUGCAUCUGGAUCGGAUUCGAUCUCAUAUCAUAGUGACGAUGAAAGAUUCUUGGGCCCAUUGCCGGCCAUUGCAAGUUACUCGCUUGGAGCAAGGAGAGAUUUCCUCAUGAAACAUAAACCUAUCCCGCCAAACGAUAACGCUCCUCCUCCGCCAGAAACAAAACCUAUAAAGUUGCCACUUGCAAGCGGAGAUAUGAUAUUGAUGCGAGGUAGGACGCAGGCAAAUUGGCUUCAUUCUAUUCCCAAACGAACGGGGAAGAAUGCCGAUGAUGGAGGAAGAAUCAAUAUUACCUUUAGACGUGCUAUGGUAAAGGGUGGAACGGAGAAUUACUAUAAUUAUAAUGUUGGCACUGGACCUGUGUAUAAAUGGGAUGACAUCCUGAAGGAAAUGAGAAUAUGGAAAGAAUUAUGA